AUGCUGGGCUUUCUCGCGGCGGUGAUGAACGAGACGCAGACUGGUCUUGGCCCCAUUGGCCAGGUGGCAUUUGCACUCGGCAACAUCAACCCCAGCGAUGAGCUGUACCGUACGGUCGGGCUGUGGAUUGUGGCAUGGGGCAUUCUGGUCACCGGCAUUGCAUACGCCUCUGGACACGCCGGUACUGCUCUGGGUGAGGAAGACAUCUUCUAA